AUGGCUGCCAAUGAAAGCUCAAAAAAGCGAAAGGUUAAUUCCUCCAGUGAAUCUGAAUAUGAAGUUGAGAAGGAUGCUCUCAACAUUAAUGCCACUGAUGUGAAGAAGUCAACUGUGAAAAAGGGUACUCAGACAGUAGCUAAUGUGCCCAUUGACAAAGUUUCAUUUCAUCUUCUAGAAUUUGCACUACGAUGGAAGUUCAUAUACCACAUGAGGGUAGCUGUUGAAAGAGAACUGAGUGAAGAGACUGUUAAAAUAAAGGAAGUUAUGGAGCAAAUCAAGGAAGCUAGACUUAUGAAGACUGUGUGCAAUCUAGGUGACUGCUAUGAAAAGCUGGUAAAAGAGUUUGUGGUCAACAUACCUGAAGACUAUGACAACCCUCUGAGUAGGGAAUAUCAGAAAGUUUAUGUUAGAGGAGAAUGUAUCAACUUUUCUCCCAACAUUAUCAACAGAUUCCUUGGGUUGGCUGAAGAGGAUUUUGUGGAACUGGAAGCAACUGAUAAUCAAAUCAGCAUGGAAGGGACUGCUAACAAAGUGAGAACUUGGCCAAAGAAGGAAAAGAUUUCAUCAGAAAAACUGAGUGUGAAGUAUGUCAUCCUAAAUAGGAUUGGAGCUGCAAAUUGGAUUCCCACUACUGAUACCUUAGAUAUUGCAACAGGUUUGGCUAAAUUCAUUUAUGCUGUUGACACUAGAGUUAAGAUGAAUUUUGGUAGGUAUAUUUUUGAUCAAACAAUAAGGCAUGCAAAGACUGAUGCAGUCAGACUCCCAAUAGCCUUUCCUUCUCUACUAUGUAGCAUUAUUUUAGAUCAACAUCCAGGUCUUGUGACCAAGAUCGCGAUUUUGACAACCUUGCUUGUGACUGCCUCUGAUCUUCCCAAGAAGAGGGAUUCUCCUCUCACCAUUCAUCAAAAACUUUUUGGAGACAAUCAUGUACCAUAUCUUGUUGGAACAUUUGUCCCCACUUCUGCUAUAGGGUUCGUGACUAAGGAAGAAAUCAUAACUGCUUUGAAAGAUAUGUGUGUUAUGCUAGAUGAGAGGAAGGCUCAAUUGAAGCUAAUGAUUCAUUCCUUGGAGAAAGGGCAUGCUGAUAAUAAUGAUGAUCUGGAUGAAGGAGAGAAAGAUGAAGAUGUUGAGGGUGCAAAUGAGGAUGAGGAAGAGGGAAGAAGUGGAGCCCUAGUUGACCUGAAGGGUAGAGUUGAGCUAGGCAUGCUGAAGGGUCGAGCUGAGCUGGGCAUGCUGAAGGGUCGAGCUGAACUGGACAUGCUGAAGGGUAUAGCUGAGUUGGACAUGUUGAAGGGUGGAGCUUUCGUGACCUGA